AUGGAUCUCGACGACAUAGACGACAACAUCGAAAGAACCAUCAAGGGCACCGUCCAGAAGCGCAACGCGGCGCCGCUGCCCUCGCCCGAGGAGGCCCGCAAGAUAGCCAUCCACCAUGCGACGCUCCUCCAGCACAGGAAGGAUCUGGAGGCCCGGAUCCUCGACAGCAUCAUCGAGCUCUCCGAGUACCCUCGCGACCGGUCCCCUCAGUAUUCGGCCGCCAGCCCCGCGCCCGCAGACGCCGAGGCCUACAAGCAGCAGGUCCGUCUCUUCCAGCCGUCGGAUCACAAGGACCUCGUCGAGGAGCGCAACGUGAACGGACUGUGCGGCUACACGCUGUGUCCCAAGCCGCACCGCGAUACCGGUCCGGGGGGGAAGUGGACGAUACGCGGCGGCGCGAUCCUCGAGCGCAAGAAUAUUGAGAUGUGGUGCUCGGAGCAGUGCACCAAACGCGCCAUGUACGUGCAGGUGCAACUGAGCGAGACUGCGGCCUGGGAGAGAGUUGGCAACGAAAAGAUCCGCAUCGACUUGCUCGACGAGCCCAAGUCGAGCGGCGGGAGCCAGGAUGCCGAGACGCAGGAGACACCAGCGCCUCGAUCCAGAGAUCCAGUAAACACAGUCCGCGAGGCAACAGCGUUGGCCCUCGAACGGGGUGAAAAGAUGCCCGUGCCCGGUUCCGACAGGGUCAAGGUCGACAUCCAAGAGAGAGAGACCAAACCUCCAAGGGACACGGCCAUCCAGGGCGAUAAGAACAGCCACCUCAGCGUCGAGGGCUACGUCAGCCGGCUACCCUUUCGACCCAAGCCACAGUCUUGA